AUGUCUGGGAGAGUGAGUUCCACCAUAUCUUCUGCUGUUGCUGGUGGAUGAAUGUGUGAGACAACUCUAUGCUUUCUAAUCCAACACUAUACUCCAUGGUUCAUAACUGUUGUAACAGAGGUUGGGUUAGAACCAGUCAUGCCUGAGACCUGCAGUGUUGUGUUGUUGACCUGAUCCUCUUUUGACGUGUAGGAGACCCGUGUUUGAACCCAGUUGGUCACACUAUGUUAAGGAUCCAUUUUUUCAAUCACACACAUUAAAUACGUUUACAUUUGGUGGCAGCGGUGGGAUUUGACAUUGAUGACUAUUUUAUUUAUAUCUUACUUGAUAUCACUUAUAAUGUGCAAUAGUAAGGAGUUGAUAGUAACAAACAGUCGAAUCAGUCAUUGUUGUAAGGUAGUGGUGGCAACCAUAGAAAUGGAAUUACUCAAUAUGGCCGCCCAUUCUCCCAUCACUGAACAUUGUCUUGAACAGGGGAUUUCCCAUUCUAGUAAUUAUAUUUCUAUGUUGGCAACAACCAAGGCCUAGUGGAUGCCCCUGUGGUAAACUAGCAGUGUUUCCCAGUCUGCAAGACUACUGAGUUAGAUGAUAGAUAGAUUUAAUCCCAAAUGGCACCCUCAUAGGGCCCUGGUCAAAGUAGUGCACUAAAUAGGGAAUAGGGUGCCAUUUGGAACGCAGACAUAGACCUGGUCCAAUGGCUGCUGCAUGUGUCUGUAGUUGCUCAACUCCCAUGGUCUCUUCACUUUUAGAAAAAAAGGUGCUAUCUAGAACCUAAAAAGUUUAUUCGGUUGUCCCCAUUGGAGAACCCUUUUAAGAACCCUUGUUGGUUCCAAAUAGAACCCUUUUGCUUCCAUGUAGAACCGUUUUGGGUUCCAUGUAGAACCCUUUCCCAUCGAGGGUUUUACAUGGAACACAAAAUGGUUCUACCUGGAACCAAAACGGUUUUACCUAGAACCAAAAAGGGUUCUGCUAUUGGGACAGCCAAAGAACCCUUUGGAACCCUUUUGGACCCUGUAGAUGUAUCAGUGAGUCAGUCACUUCUCUCUGCUAAUGAAGAACAGCAGAUGUGUUGUCAUAAUGUGUGAGAUAUUAUCUAACUGCCCUGGAAGAUCAUCUUAAAAAAGCCUAGACUCUGAAUUCUUAUAUUUUAUCCUUUGUUGGGGUGAUAUUUUCAUAUUCCACCUUUGUGUUUAGAAUCUAGAUUUCUUCUAUUUUAAAUAAUGAAAAGGUUUAUGAAGACCUCAUUUUGUAAUCAUAGUCGGACUAGACCUCAUUUUGUAAUCAUAGUCGGACUAGACCUCAUUCUGUAAUCAUAGUCAGACUAGACCUCAUUCUGUAAUCAUAGUCAGACUACAUUUACAUUUACGUCAUUUAGCAGACGCUCUUAUCCAGAGCGACUUACAAAUUGGUGCAUUCACCUUAUAGCCAGUGGGAUAACCACUUUACAAUAUGUAUAUAUAUAUUUUCUUUUUUCUUUUUUUUCUCUUCUUUUUUUGGGGGGGUGGGGUGGGGUAAGGGGGGGUAGAAGGAUUACUUUAUCCUAUCCCAGGUAUUCCUUAAAGAGGUGGGGUUUCAAGUGUCUCCAGAAGGUGGUGAGUGACUCCGCUGUCCUGGCAUCGUGAGGGAGCUUGUUCCACCAUUGGGGUGCCUGAGCAGCGAACAGUUUUGACUGGGCUGAGCGGGAACUGUGCUUCCGCAGAGGUAGGGGGGCCAGCAGGCCAGAGGUGGAUGAACGCAAUGCCCUCGUUUGGGUGUAGGGACUGAUCAGAGCCUGAAGGUACGGAGGUGCCGUUCCCCUCACAGCUCCGUAGGCAAUCACCUCAUUCUGUAAUCAUAGUCAGACUAGACCUCAUUAUGUAAUCAAUCAUAGUUCGACUAGACCUCAUUAUGUAAUCAUAGUCAGACUAGACCUCAUUCUGUAAUCAUAGUCAGACUAGACCUCAUUAUGUAAUCAAUUAUAGUCAGACUAGACCUCAUUAUGGAAUCAAUUAUAGUCAGAUUAGAUCUCAUUAUGUAAUCAAUCAUAUUCAGACUAGACCUCAUUCUGUGAUCAUAGUCAGACUAGACUUCAUUCUGUAAUCAUAGUCAGUCUAGACCUCAUUCUGUAAUCAUAGUCAGACUAGACCUCAUUCUGUGAUCAUAGUCAGACUAGACUUCAUUCUGUAAACAAAUUCAGACUAGACCUCAUUCUGUGAUCAUAGUCAGUCUAGACCUCAUUCUGUAAUCAUAGUCAGACUAGACCUCAUUCAGCAAUCAUUGUCAGACUAGACCUCAUUCUGUAAUCAUAGUCAGACUAGACCUCAUUCUGUAAUCAUAGUCAGUCUAGACCUCAUUCUGUAAUCAUAGUCAGACUAGACCUCAUUCUGUAAUCAUUGUCAGACUAGACCUCAUUCUGUAAUCAUAGUCAGACUAGACCUCAUUCUGUAAUCAUAGUCAGACUAGACCUCAUUCUGUAAUCAUAGUCAGACUAGACCUCAUUCUGUAAUCAUAGUCAGACUAGACCUCAUUCUGUAAUCAUUGUCAGACUAGACCUCAUUCAGCAAUCAUUGUCAGACUAGACCUCAUUCAGAAUCAUGUCAGACUAGACCUCAUUCUGUGAUCAUAGUCAGCUAGACCUCAUUCUGUAAUCAUAGUCAGACUAGACCUCAUUCAGCAAGUCAUCGUCAGACUAGACCUCAUUCUGUAAUCAUAGUCAGACUAGACUCAUUCUGUAAUCAUAGUCAGUCUAGACUCAUUCUGGUAUCAUAGUCAACUAGAACUCAUUCGUAAUCAGUGUCAGACUAGACUCAUUCUGUCAUCAAGUGCGCUAGACUCAUCUGUAUGCAUAGUCAGAGCUAGUCCUCAUUCUGUAAUCUGAGUCAGACGAACUAGUUCUUAAUCAUAGUCAGGACUAACUCGUGCUUCGUAUGGGGCAUAGGUCAGACUGGAGACCGUCAUUCCUGUAAUCAUUGUAGACUGAUAGACCUGCAUUAUGUAUCAUAGUGAUAGACCUAUCUUAAUCAUAGUCAGGACUAGACCUCAUUCUGUAAUCAUUGUCAGACUAGACCUCAUUCUGUAAUCAUAGUCAGACUAGACCUCAUUCAGCAAUCAUUGUCAGACUAGACCUCAUUCUGUAAUCAUAGUCAGACUAGACAUCAUUCUGUAAUCAUAGUCAGACUAGACAUCAUUCUGUAAUCAUAGUCAGACUAGACCUCAUUCUGUAAUCAUAGUCAGACUAGACCUCAUUCUGUAGUCAAAGUCAGACUAGCCCUCAUUCUGUAAUCAUAGUUAGACUAGACCUCAUUCUGUAAUCAUAGUCAGACUAGACCUCAUUCUGUAAUCAUAGUCAGACUAGACCUCAUUCUGUAAUCAUAGUUAGACUAGACCUCAUUCUGUAAUCAUAGUCAGACUAGACCUCAUUCUGUAAUCAUAGUCAGACUAGCCCUCAUUCUGUAAUCAUAGUCAGACUAGAUCUCAUUCUGUAAUCAUAGUCAGACUAGACCUCAUCAUGUAAUCAUAGUCAGACUAGACCUCAUCAUGUAAUCAUAGUCAGACUAGCCCUCAUUCUGUAAUCAUAGUCAGACUAGACCUCAUUCUGUAAUCAUAGUCAGACUAGACCUCAUUAUGUAAUCAUAGUCAGACUAGUCUCUCCAUUUUCUUUUUCCUUUUUUUCCGUAAAAACUCAUUUUUAUUUUCAAACAAAAUUCCCUAAUAACAAAACAGGUCUAUCUGUGUGUUGUGAGAUAAUUAUUAGAAAAUGUCCUUCUAAUGUCGUGGCUGAUUGCCAUUGGAAAGGUCACCUGCUGUCCCCUCAGUAGACUGAUAUGCCAUUCCUCGCCACAUUACAGCCUAGACAGCUUAAUGGUGGUUAUGGGAUGAUAUAACAGCACGCCCGUUCUCUAGAAUAAUUGACAAUUACAGUUGACUGUCGUGGCUAUAGGGCAAGGCUCUAUUUAAGGGUUUUCUAAUGGACAUUUACACUAUGAAACACCAGGACCAUUAUUUAUCCCCUGGCUUCAGAAUGCUGCUGCUACUCAGACAUGCCUGAUUUGCAGAUACAAUCUACACCUGGAAAGCCCAAUAACGUCUAUAGAAUCUUUAGUUUAACUAAGCUUUAUUCAAUAAAAAUGCAUAGGUUUUUUUUAGGUUGAAAGAAUUGGAAACCAAUCCCCAUGUCUUGUGCAAUCAUUUAACCCAGAAAUCAAUGAUUAAAUUAAACAAUCAAACAAACAACCAAAUCAAUCAACCAAUCAAUCAACCAAUCAACCAAUCAACCAAUCAACCAAUCAACCAACCAACCAACCAACCAAUCAACCAAUCAAUCAAUCAAACCUUGCCCUGAGUCAUGGCUAUCCAAUGCACUGACAUAGCUUGGCCUUUCUCUGAUGCACUGAUUGACAUUUACCUGUUCUCUCCCCAGGACUACAGAGUGAAUAUCUUCCUGAGACAGCAGUGGAACGACCCCAGGCUGGCCUAUAGCGAAUACCCCGACGACUCUCUCGACCUGGACCCAUCUAUGUUGGACUCCAUCUGGAAACCUGAUUUGUUCUUCGCCAACGAAAAAGGCGCCAAUUUCCAUGAGGUUACGACUGACAACAAGCUACUAAGGAUUUCAAAAAAUGGGAACGUAUUGUAUAGUAUUCGGUAUGCUAUUCUUUUCUUGUUGUGUCUUCCCCUUUUCUUGUUAGUUUCUCAGAAUGUCUAUCUGGUGCUAGGUCUAUGGCUGACAGAUGAAUGUCUAUUGGGUGCUAGGUCUAUGGCUGACAGAUUAAUGUCUAUUGGGUGCUAGGUCUAUGGCUGACAGAUGAAUGUCUAUCUGGUGCUAGGUCUAUGGCUGACAGAUGAAUGUCUAUCUGGUGCUAGGUCUAUGGCUGACAGAUGAAUGUCUAUUGGGUGCUAGGUCUAUGGCUGACAGAUUAAUGUCUAUCUGGUGCUAGGUCUAUGGCUGACAGAUGAAUGUCUAUCUGGUGCUAGGUCUAUGGCUGACAGAUGAAUGUCUAUCUGGUGCUAGGUCUAUGGCUGACAGAUGAAUGUAUAUUGGGUGCUAGGCCUAUGGCUGACAGAUGAAUGUCUAUCUGGUGCUAGGUCUAUGGCUGACAGAUGAAUGUCUAUUGGGUGCUAGGUCUAUGGCUGACAUAUUAAUGUCUAUCUGGUGCUAGGUCUAUGGCUGACAGAUGAAUGUCUAUCCAGUGCUAGGUCUAUGGCUGACAGAUGAAUGUCUAUCUGGUGCUAGAUCUAUGACUGACAGAUUCAUGUCUAUCUGGUGCUAGGUCUAUGGCUGACAGAUGAAUGUAUAUCGGGUGCUAGGUCUAUGGCUGACAGAUGAAUGUCUAUCUGGUGCUAGGCCUAUGGCUGACAGAUGAAUGUCUAUCUGGUGCUAGGUCUAUGGCUGACAAAUGAAUGUCUAUCUGGUGCUAGGUCUAUGGCUGACAGAUUAAUGUCUAUCUGGUGUUAGGUCUACGGCUGACAGAUGAAUGUCUAUCCAGUGCUAGGCCUAUGGCUGACAGAUGAAUGUCUAUCUGGUGCUAGGUCUAUGGCUGACAAAUGAAUGUCUAUCUGGUGCUAGGUCUAUGGCUGACAGAUUAAUGUCUAUCUGGUGUUAGGUCUACGGCUGACCGAUGAAUGUCUAUCCAGUGCUAGGUCUAUGGCUGACAGAUGAAUGUCUAUCUGGUGCUAGAUCUAUGACUGACAGAUUAAUGUCUAUCUGGUGCUAGGUCUAUGGCUGACAGAUGAAUGUCUAUCGGGUGCUAGGUCUAUGGCUGACAGAUGAAUGUCUAUCGGGUGCUAGGUCUAUGGCUGACAGAUUAAUGUCUAUCCAGUGCUAGCCUAUGGCUGACAGAUGAUUUCUGAUUCGCCUCUAUAUUGCUUAUGGUGGAAACAAAACAUAUAUUAACAUCCACAAAACAACAAAAGUGAUAUACUUUAAAUGCGAGCAUCUUUGCAGUGUAUUUGAUCUGUUAUCAAGCCUAGUAUUGAACCCUUGGACAGACAGAGGGGAAUUUGAUCCUUAUAAACAGCUAUGUGAAGGCAGUGAGAAGAGGCCUUCUCAUUUCUUACCUUGACACCAUCAAUAUUAUUAUUAUUGUUAUUAUUAUUAUUAUUAUUAUUAUUAAAUGAACCCUUUAGAUCGCUUUGAUCUCACCUGACCCCGCGCUAAAGAGAACCUGCCUCGGUGUAUUUUCUGAUUGAAAAAAGAAACCUUAUAAAUAACAUUUGUCGUGAAACUGUGAUGUUGCAAUGCGACCAAUAGACCUGCUCCUCACCUACCUAUCUCAAGAUAAAAGGAAGGCGUUUGCAGCCGUCUAGGUAGAAGCAUUAAUGGCUGCUGCUUUUAUAGAUGUUUUUCAAUACUCACGGUAUGAACGACAACAUGGAGAUGCAGCCAGUCCGUUUGGGGAUGAGGUCUGCAUGCAUGAUUAGCAGGAAGCUGUUUGUCAUGAGGGGAAGAACGCCUGAGGUGUGUAAUGUAACCUUUUAUAUUACAGGCCAUCAUGACAGGACAUAUAGCAGCAGUUAUAACAAUAUGUUACCCUGCUACUCUAAUACUGUGCUUUAGAACAAUAUGUUACCCUGCUACUCUAAUACUGUGCUUUAGAACAAUAUAUUACCCUGCUACUCUAAUACUGUGCUUUAGAACAAUAUGUUACCCUGCUACUCUAAUACUGUGCUUUAGAACAAUAUGUUACCCUGCUACUCUAAUACUGUGCUUUAGAACAAUAUGUUACCCUGCUACUCUAAUACUGUGCUUUAGAACAAUAUGUUACCCUGCUACUCUAAUACUGUGCUUUAGAACAAUAUGUUACCCUGCUACUCUAAUACUGUGCUUUAGAACAAUAUGUUACCCUGCUACUCUAAUACUGUGCUUUAGAACAAUAUGUUACCCUGCUACUCUAAUACUGUGCUUUAGAACAAUAUGUUACCCUGCUACUCUAAUACUGUGCUUUAUAACAAUAUGUUACCCUGCUACUCUAAUACUGUGCUUUAGAACAAUAUGUUACCCUGCUACUCUAAUACUGUGCUUUAGAACAAUAUGUUACCCUGCUACUCUAAUACUGUGCUUUAGAACAAUAUGUUACCCUGCUACUCUAAUACUGUACUUUAGAACAAUAACAUAAGAAGACAUAAUAUAAACCUUAUUAUAAGACAUUAUAAAGGCAUAUAACAUGCAUAUAACAUGUUGUUAUAAGUGCAGACAAAGUGUUACCAACAUUAUUACCUAGUUUAAUGAUGGAUACUAUGUGACCAGAAUAACACUGAUCCUGGCCUGUCCCAUGGACCUCAUGUGUUCUAGAAAGUUCAAAAUUCCAUUCUAUUCUAUUCUAUUCCAUUCUAUUCUAUUCCAUUAUAUUCCAUUCUAUUCUAUUCCAUUCCAUUAUAUUCUAUUCCAUUCUAUUCUAUUCCAUUCUAUUCUAUUCCAUUCCAUUAUAUUCUACUCUAUUCUAUGUAAUAACGCUGAUCCUGGCUAGUCUGUUCUGUUCUGGUCUUUCCUGUUUUAUGCUGUUCUGUUUUGUUCUGUUGUGCUAUUCUAUGUGACCAGAAUAACGCUGGUCCUGGCCUGUCCGAUGGACUUGAAGAACUUCCCUAUGGACGUACAGACGUGUAUCAUGCAGCUGGAGAGUUGUGAGUAUUCCUUUAGGAACACAGUUAUCACACACACACACACACACACACACACACACACACACACACACACACACACACACACACAGGUAGGGUAAGAGGGGGAAGUAUUUAUUUUGUGUUGGUGAGAUGGAUGUGUUCCUGGUCUGGAGGACAGUAUGAUGAAAGGCCCAGUGAUUUACGUUGCCCCUGCAGCAGCAGAGAGCAGAUACAGGGAAGGGACAGGGAGGGAGUUAGGGGGGGGACCAACCUGCUCCAACCUGCUCUAACCAGCCAUCACUGGCUUCUCCCUCCCUCCCCACCUCCUCUCUUUGGAAAUGAUGGCGUUGUCUUUUUUUCUUGACUUAUUGUUCUCAGGUAUGUAGAAUGAAAGCAACAUGUAUUGCUUCCGUAUGAGCACUGUGGAGCUACGGUAGAGGUGGUUGAUCAAGGCAUUUAAACAUUCAUCAUACCGCAUUGUCAAUAAUGAUUAUUUUUCUCUUAAAAAAAAAAACAGCUUGAAUGUACUGUGGUACUAAUCUGUGGUAGUAAGACUGUAAUAAUACUGUGGUAAUAAUGAUCUUGUUUCAAACUGUUCCCAUCCAGUCGGCUAUACGAUGAACGAUCUCAUAUUUGAGUGGGACGAGAAGGGAGCCGUGCAGGUAGCAGACGGACUGACAUUACCUCAGUUUAUACUGAAAGAGGAAAAAGACCUGCGGUACUGCACCAAGCACUACAACACAGGUUGGUCUGUCUCCACUUCUCUGGCUACCUCUACCUUUUGUAAGGGGUUUGUACGUUGAGCUAAACUCUCUUUCUCUACUUUGGGCUUUAGUUGGCAGUCUGAGAACAGCGUAA